GUCGACGUCAUCACAUUGCGACCACAUGUGGGCAGGUCAGAGGGUAUACAGGUUUCCUGGAUGCCGGGUGCCUUGUCAAAUGAAAAUAUUGUCUUUUUCAAGUAAUUUAUGUCACACUUCUCAUAACUUGGCUCAGGAACACAGUUAGAAGGACUCAGGAAGUGGCAGACAUGUCGUACUGCAAACAAGAAGGUAAAGAUCGUAUCAUCUUUGUGACUAAGGAAGACCACGAAACACCCAGCAAUGCUGAGCUGAUUGCGGAUGACCCAGACGAUCCCUAUGAGGAGCAAGGCCUCAUCCUACCAAAUGGAGAUAUCAACUGGAACUGUCCGUGUCUGGGUGGCAUGGCCAGCGGACCGUGCGGCUCUCAGUUCAAAGAGGCGUUUUCCUGCUUUCACUACAGCAAAGAAGAGGUGAAGGGCUCUGAAUGCAUCGACCACUUCCGUGACAUGCAGGAGUGCAUGCAGAAGUAUCCUGACCUCUAUCCUCAGGAGAAAGACGAAGAAAGCUCCCCCAAUGCGGAGCCUGACAUAGGGUCCGGUGCUGCUCCAUCUGAAGGCUCUUCCUCAUCACCUGAAACUGACGCUGCCCAGUCCACCUCGGAUCGCUCACCCAAAAGCAUGUCACCUACAGACAGCCAGACUGACAGCUAAACUCAACCACUGGUCUUUCACAGGCUUCACUUCUGUGUUCAAGCCACUGCCCAGCAUAUGUGACUCACUGUGAGGAUCUCUAAUCAGUCUCUUCUGCUGUUCCAGACCAAAGACAGAAUUUGGACACACAGAGUCAUUGUAGGAGGAUGCUGUAAACACAGAAUGACAUGGCAAACAGGCAGCAGUGUAGGCUUCACCAAUAAUGGAUCACUCAAAAGACCAUUUAUCAGCUCAGAGAGUCAACCUUAGGGUUAUUUGUAAUCAAUUAUCAUAAUUGAUUUUGUGAUCAUUUCAAGAUAAACGAUUAAUCGUUUAAUCUAUAAAAUAUAGAAACGCAGGAAAAUUAUGAUUUUUUUUCUGGCCCAAAAUUAAAAUAAAUAAAGUAUCAGCAUAAAAUGUAUGGCUUAUGAAUAUAAAUAGAUAGAAUUAUUCUAAUAUGUUAUUUAUACUGAGUGGAUUCUUGUCAGAGAUAAUUGAGUUAUUUGGUAACUAAUCGGUCAUAGAUUAAUCAACUAAUCAAUGCAGCCUGCCUUACCUUAUAUGAAACAGAAAUGAUGAUGUUUACUGUGUUUUUCUCUUGUCUGUCAGUGUAGUUGUUAUCACCUCGAUACCUCUGAUCUGAAAUCACUGUUUGUUUUUUAGUGUUACUCUUGUGAUUCUCCCCUCACGUCACCGGACAAAAGUAGAGUCAAAAUUCCAUGCUGCCAUUUCUAAAUGAGCUAAGGUUUAAUAAAUACACAUAAAGGUCAUUUUAAAAUGUAAACAUUUUCACCAACCUAUUUCUGUCCCCAGUAGUAUAUCUACUUUCUGGCUAUAAACACACCUGACUGUUACGUACUGGACAUUUAGCAGUUGGCUCUCUUCCUUCCAUUUACAAAAUCAACCAAGACACAGGUAAGAAAUCAAGGCUGCAAGACAAUGUUUUUUCUAUUUUCUUUUCCAUAUGAAGGACCUUCACUAUUUCUUUUAACAGUCCAUGUGGAGAUAGGGGGAAAGUUUUUGUCCUGUUAUGUCAAACUGCACCCAAUAAUUUUGUUGAUGGUAAGCAGACGGAAUGUCUGGCAGAUUUCCCCAAAAAGGAAUAAAACGUGAUUUCACCUGU